AUGCUGGUGUUGGAUGAUCAUAAUCGUCAUGCCGGUCGCGUUUUUGCCUGCGGCCAGGUUCGGGAACAAGAGAAUAUCACCGCAUUACCUUUUCUGCGCAUGACCUAUGAUGCCGAUCCGGAUAGUGCCGACGGUCUAGCAUUCCUAGAAAAGAUGAAUGAAACAAUCGAAAAAUUGAGCCAAGAGUUCAAAGGCAGACAAGGCUCCAGCUCCAAGGAUUUGGCAAUUCGCAACCGAAGGGACGGUCCGAUUCGCGAAGCCUUUGAAGCGACUCCACGCCGAAAGACU